AUGGAUCUAAAGACAGCAGUAUUUAACGCAGCUCGCGAUGGCAAACUCCGGCUCCUCACCAAGCUGUUGGCAAGCAAAUCCAAAGAGGAGAUUUCCUCCUUGAUCUCCGAGAAGACGAACGGGGCCACGCCGCUCUUGAUGGCGGCCAGGUAUGGGCACCUCGACAUGGUGGAAUUCCUCCUGGAGCAGUGCAGCGCCUCCAUAGAAGUCGGGGGCUCGGUCAAUUUUGAUGGCGAGACCAUCGAGGGGGCUCCCCCUCUGUGGGCCGCCUCUGCAGCAGGACACCUGAAGGUGGUUCAGUCCUUGUUAAAUCAUGGGGCGUCUGUGAACAACACGACUUUAACCAAUUCAACUCCUCUGAGAGCCGCCUGCUUCGAUGGCCACUUGGAAAUAGUGAAGUACCUUGUAGAGCACAAAGCUGAUUUGGAAGUGUCCAACCGGCACGGGCAUACCUGCUUGAUGAUUUCAUGUUACAAAGGACACAAAGAGAUUGCUCAGUAUUUACUUGAAAAGGGAGCAGAUGUUAAUAGGAAAAGUGUUAAAGGUAAUACUGCAUUGCAUGAUUGUGCAGAAUCUGGAAGUUUGGACAUCAUGAAGAUGCUUCUAAUGUAUUGUGCCAAGAUGGAAAAGGAUGGUUAUGGAAUGACUCCCCUUCUCUCAGCAAGUGUGACUGGUCACACAAAUAUUGUGGAUUUUCUGACUCACCAUGCACAGACCAGCAAAACAGAGCGGAUCAAUGCUUUAGAGCUUCUGGGAGCUACAUUUGUAGACAAAAAAAGAGAUCUACUUGGGGCUUUAAAAUACUGGAAAAAGGCAAUGAACAUGAGGUACAGUGAUAGGACUAAUAUAAUUAGCAAACCAGUACCUCAGACACUAAUAAUGGCUUACGAUUAUGCCAAGGAGGUAAACAGUUCAGAAGAGCUAGAAGGUCUUAUUGCUGAUCCUGAUGAGAUGAGAAUGCAGGCACUAUUAAUUAGAGAACGUAUUCUUGGUCCUUCUCAUCCUGAUACCUCUUACUAUAUUAGAUAUAGAGGCGCUGUCUAUGCAGACUCUGGAAACUUCAAACGAUGCAUCAACCUAUGGAAGUAUGCUUUGGAUAUGCAACAGAACAAUUUGGACCCAUUAAGCCCAAUGACCGCCAGCAGCUUAUUAUCAUUUGCAGAACUGUUCUCUUUUAUGCUACAGGAUAGGGCUAAAGGCCUGCUGGGUACGACUGUUACAUUUGAUGAUCUUAUGGGCAUAUUGUGCAAAAGUGUCCUUGAAAUAGAGCGAGCUAUCAAACAGACUCAGUGUCCAGCUGACCCCUUACAGUUAAAUAAGGCUCUUUCCAUAAUUUUGCACUUAAUUUGCUUGUUAGAAAAAGUUCCUUGUACUCUAGAACAGGACUACUUCAAAAAGCAGACUAUAUACAGAUUUCUUAAGCUGCAUCCAAGGGGAAAGAAUAACUUCAGCCCUCUUCAUCUGGCUGUGGACAAGAAUACUACAUGUGUAGGGCGGUACCCUGUUUGCAAAUUUCCAUCUCUGCAAGUUACUGCCAUACUGAUAGAAUGUGGUGCUGAUGUGAACGUCAGAGACUCCGAUGACAACAGUCCCCUACAUAUUGCUGCUUUAAACAACCAUCCAGACAUCAUGAAUCUUCUUAUCAAAUCAGGUGCACAUUUUGAUGCCACAAACUUGCACAAACAAACUGCUAGUGACUUGUUGGACGAAAAAGAAAUAGCUAAAAAUUUGAUCCAGCCCAUAAAUCAUACCACAUUGCAGUGUCUUGCUGCUCGUGUCAUAGUGAAUCAUAGAAUAUAUUAUAAGGGGCAUAUCCCAGAAAAGCUAGAGACCUUUGUUUCACUUCACAGAUGA